AAUCAGCACAGCUCAUGUUCAAAAAAGGUGAACGAACAUAUAAUACUGUGAGGUCGGUCUUACCAAGAACUACAAGUAUGUUAAUAUGUGUUUUUGUGUUUGUAAACAUGGAAUAAGUUAUUGCACAAUAUCUGAAUCACGAAGAGAUCUGUAAACGUGUUUUGGACAGUUUUUAUAGCAUCAAAGUGCUCAGUUCCCGAGACCAGAUUUCAGAAUGGAGCAUCACAACAAACUAAACAAUUGGCAAGAUAUCACCGUGUUGAUAGUCUACUUCGCUGCUGUGCUGGCUGUGGGGUUGUGGUCUAUGCGAAGUUCAAAACGGGGGAAUGUGAAGGGCUACUUCCUGGCUGGCCGCACAAUGCCUUGGAUAGCGGUUGGAGCUUCACUGUUCUCUAGUAACAUAGGGAGUGAGCACUUUAUUGGACUGGCAGGGGCCGGAGCAUCAACAGGGAUAGCCAUGAUUCUGUUCGAGUGGAGUCCGGUGUUUCUGAUAUUGCUGCUUGGCUGGUAUUUUAUCCCUGUCUAUAUUUCCGCUGGGGUGUACACCUUGCCAGAGUAUCUUGAGAAGCGUGUUGGAGGAAACAAGAUCCGGAUUUAUAUAUCGGUUUUGUUUCUGGUGCUCGCUGUUGUCACCAAACUAGCGGUGAAUAUGUUUGCUGGCGGUCUCUUCAUCCAAAUGGCAACCGGAUGGAACAUGUAUAUGUCCGUCAUCAUUUUGUUAGUGAUCACGGGAUUCUACACCAUACUGGGGGGACUAAAGGCGGUGAUGUAUACCGACACAUUCCAGGCAUUAGUUCUCACGCUCGGAGCUCUUCUCUUGUUUGGAAUAGCUUUCAGUCGUGUCGGAAGCUUGGAAAACCUGGAACGUUUGUAUAUGAAUGCAACUGCCACUAUCCAGAUCGCCAACAGUACCUGUGGCUUACCUAAGAAGUAUGCAUUCCACGUGUUCCUUGAUCCUGUUAAUGGCGAGCAACCCUGGCCUGGUCUACUUGUCUGUUCUUCUCUGGGAUGUGUCGCCUACUGGUGCUGUGACCAGGUUAUAGUACAAAGAUCUCUAGCGGCAAAGAGCCUUUCCCAUGCAAAAGGCGGUUCGGUUAUGGCUGCUUGCCUGAAACUGCUGCCGCUUUUCCUGAUGAUAUUGCCGGGAAUGAUAAGCCGUGUCUUGUUUCCUGACGAGGUAGCUUGUGUGGACCCUGAUGAAUGUAUGCGGAUAUGUGAAAACCGCGUGGGAUGCUCAAACAUCGCUUAUCCGAAACUCGUGCUGGAGUUACUUCCCAAUGGUCUAAGGGGUUUUAUGAUGGCUGUGGUUCUCUCCGCCAUCAUGAGUUCCCUCACGUCAAUCUUUAACAGCUCAAGUACUUUGUUUACCAUGGAUUUGUGGAGACGAUUCAGGCCUAAAUCCACGCAGCGAGAAUUACUCCUCGUAGGCAGAGUCUUCAUCCUCUUCAUGUGUGUAUUGAGCAUCGUAUGGUUGCCUUUGAUCAAAAGCUCACAGGGAGGACAACUUUUUGCAUACCUCAACAUGGUCCUAGCAAGCCUUAUGGCACCAGCUGGCCCAGCAUUCCUCAUUGCAAUAUUUUGGAAGAGAACGACAGAAAUAGGAGUAAUUGGUGGCCUGCUUCUAACGCACAUAUGUGGCAUCGUACGUCUGGUUUUAGAAUUUACAUACCCAGCGCCACCUUGUGGGGAACCGGAGACCCGACCAGCAAUUCUCUACAAAUUUCAUUUCCUGUACUUUGGAUUUUUUAAUGUGUUUCUGGCAUUUUUGGCUAUAGCGUUGAUCAGCCUGAUGACACGACGACGGACCGAUGAGGAGCUACAACAUGUGACCUGGUGGACAAGAGUUAAGGCCCCUGAUACGAUACCGGAAGACAAAGAUGAGGAGUACGCGGCCGUCGACAACGAUGACAUCAACCUUAAACUGGUGGAUGGUGUACCGGUCAUCGAUAAACCGACUGGCGAGAAAUACGUGUCAGAUGAUGAAACCAACCUAGAUGAUGAGGCAUCCAUGAUAGCAGACUCACCAAGGCCAUGUUUGGUCAAACUAACCUCGUUCCUGUUGGGAGAACCCGAACAAGGAAGGGAGAUAACUAGGAUGUCGUUACGACAGAAACAAAUAUUCAUGACUGAACGGAAGCGGUACAAAUGGCUACUAAACGUUUCGGCCGUCUGUAUGAUCGCGAUCGUAAUGUUCCUUGCUGGAUAUUUCGCGUGAUGUGCACGUAAUGGAGAGAAUAUAUUAUCACAGUGAUCUUCGUUUUAGCCAUGUUAGACUUUCGGAUUAGCUUUACAGAUAUGAUUUCAAAGUUUGGUGACUUACGUAUACUAAACGUAACGAAAACAAGAAAUCAUUAUACAUUAUACUGUAUCAUUAUACUGUAUCAUUAUACGUUAUACUGUAUCAGUAUACAUAGUAUUUAUUAUCAGCCAUGUGUUUUAUGCGUAAAUACUCGACAUGUUCAGUCAUGCUAUGGUUUAUAUUGAUGCGCAUUCUAUUUAAAACAUAACAAUAUGAUUGAUUAAAAACAUUUAUUUUAGGUUAGUCUCCUCCGUUUGCCUUUGUAACUUAUGUUAAUCUAUUUAUUUUAUAACUUUGGUUACAUGUAGUUCUCACAGGUAUACGUUGUAACUUAUACUAUACUGUGUUACACAUGUGAGUUGUUCGUUCUUUGUAACUUUGUUACUCUUUAGUAGUAUACUUUAGCUUAUUUUGGUCCUCUCGGGUAUAUUUUUCACCUUGAUGAAUCGUCUUCAUCAGUAGUAUAAAUUGUAGUCCCCGGUAUGUUUUUUUGAAGUUUUGACAUACCAUUCCUUGUUUUUAUUAAUUUUCGUUCAUUUCCUUUUUUUUUAAUUCGUAUCAAUGUAAUAAAAUAUUGUUAUUCAAUUUGUAUUACGUUUUAAAUCAAUACCUGUCUAUUGGCACCUCUAGAGAAUGGUUUCUUUUCCAUUUUUUAUUCCCAUGUUCAGUUGAAUAACUCUUUACUAUGAGUUAUCAUAUUGGCCAGUCGCUUACUUGGUGAUAUGCGCCGAUAUAUUUCGUAUGAACAGUGAAAAGACUGACAAAAGGUAGAUUAAUACGCUAAAUACUAACAGCAGAGACAAGUAAAAACCAAAU